GGGGAUUGCGAGGAACGACGCGUGUCGUUGUCAGGAAGCCGUUGACCUUUGUUCUCGAAAGUCAUCGUUAUUGCUAUUUUUUCAAGUAAAUAAAUAAAAAGAAAAAUAAGAAUCAUUGAAUUUUCUCAUGUCUACGGAUUAACUGCUUGGAAUUCUUCAGUAGUGCGUUUGAUUGAAGCUCUCUUCAGAGUUCAGAUCCAUUUUCUCAUUUCUAACGCCAAGCAAGCAGUUGGUUUUUAUCUGUGCUUGUUGCCUCCCCAUCCAUCCAUCCAUCCAUCUCUUGAAAGUUUCUUCAAUGGCUGAUGCAGGACUUUCUCAAUGUACAUUUCAUGUCUUCUUAAGCUUUAAAGGUGAUGACACUGGAAAGAAUUUUAGUGAUCAUUUAUAUGCAGCUCUGGAGCGAGAUGGAUUUCACACGUUUAGAGAUGAUGAUGGAAUUGUGAGAGGGGCGAACUUUGUUGCAGAAGUCGCAAAAGUGAUGCAACACUCUAAAAUAUGCAUAGUUGUUUUCUCCAAAAACUAUGCCUCUUCCAUUUGGUGUCUUGAUGAACUUGUGAAGAUAAUGGAAUUAAGGAAAACUGUUGGGCUUGUUGUUUUUCCAGUUUUCUAUGAUGCAGAUCCGAAUCAAGUCUGGGAACAAAGUGGGAGUUAUGCAGAAGCAUUUGCUAGACAUGAAGAGUUAUUUAAAGGGCAGAUGGACAAGGUGCAGGGAUGGAGAGCAGUGCUUAGGGAAGUUACAGAUUUGAGUGGGAUGGACAUACAAGAAAGGCAUGAGGCAGAUUUUAUUCAAGAUAUUGUCAAAAAGGUUGGGAAAAGGUUGGAUUCUUCAGUAUUAUUGCAUGUUCCCUCCUAUUUAGUUGGAAUAGAAUCUCGACUAAAGGAUAUUAACUCUUGGUUACAAGAUGUUUCAAAUGAUCCUGCUAUCGCAAUAAUCUCUGGGAUUGGUGGAAUUGGGAAGACGGUCAUUGCUAAGAAAGUUUAUAACCUAAAUUUAGACAGAUUUGAAGUUAGUUGCUUUCUGUCCAAUAUCAGAGAAACUUCAAAACAACCUGAUGGUUUAACUUUCUUGCAAAAUCAACUUCUUGAGAAAUCUCUUAAUGGAAAGAUAAGCAAAAUCAAAACUGUAGAUGAAGGAAGUAUUAAGAUAAAAGAUGCAAUAAGCUGCAAAAGAGUUCUUAUUGUUCUUGAUGAUGUAGAUCAAUUGGAGCAAUUAAAUGCAAUCAUUGGAAUGCGGGAUUGGCUAUAUCCGGGCAGUAAAAUCAUCAUAACAACUAGGCAUGAGCAUCUUCUUAGUGCAUAUGAAACUUACAAGAAGUUCAGAGUUAAGGAAUUGGAUGAUGGUGAGUCACUUCAGCUCUUCAGUUGGCAUGCCUUUGGAGAAAACUAUCCGAUUGAAGGUUACAUAGAGCACUCAGCAAAAGUAAUAAAGCGUUGUUUUGGUAUUCCAUUAGCUCUUCAAGUUUUGGGUUCUUCUCUAUCUGUCAAAUAUGCAGAUGAAUGGGAAAGUGCAUUAGAAAAGUAUGAAGCAAUUCUUGAUAGUAAAAUUCAAAAUAUUCUCCAAAUAAGCUAUGAUUCUUUACCAGAUGAUCAUGACAAAAGUUUAUUUCUUGAUAUAGCUUGUUUCUUUGUUGGAAGAGAUGUGGAUUAUGCAGUUAAAAUACUUGACGGUUGUGGGUUCUACACAAAAAUUGGAAUUCAAAAUCUCAUUGACCGACAGCUUGUUACAAUCAAAGACAGUAAGCUGAUGAUGCAUCCUCUGCUUAGAGACAUGGGAAGGGAAAUUAUUCGCCAAGAAUCUCCUGAGAACCUGGGGAAACGCAGCCGAAUAUGGUAUCACGGGGACGCAUUCACUGUCUUGAGACAGAAUAUUCAGGGUACAGAAGCUAUUAAAGGCCUCAUCCUCAACCUACAAACAGUAAUGGAAGAGCAGCAGCAUAUGAUUUCUUGUUUGAAUCAUGCAAAACGAGAAUACCAUGAAGACCUGAUUUCCAAAUCCAGACAAAAACGAUAUCGUCUUGGCUUCUUCUCCUGGCAACCUGUGGAGAAUGGCCUAACAGCUUCAUUUUCCAUGUCAAAUGAAGUAGUUUUUGAAACAAAAAUAUUUGCAAAGAUGCAUAAAUUAAAACUGCUCCAGCUUAAUUAUGUAAAGCUCAAUGGAAGUUACAAAGAUUUUCCUAAAAGUUUAAUAUGGUUGUGUUGGCAUGGCUUCCCUUUGAAAUUUUUACCAUCCAAUUUACAUCUGGAGAAGCUUGUUGUUCUUGACAUGCGCUAUAGCAGUCUAAAAUAUGUUUGGAAAGGAAUCAGGGUUCUUGAACAGUUGAAAAUCCUCAAUCUGAGCCACUCCCAUGAUCUUGUCUGCACCCCCGACUUCUCAGGGCUACCAAAUCUUGAAGAAUUGAAAUUGAAAGGUUGCAUAAAUUUGGUUGAGGUUGAUGAAUCUAUUGGGGACCUGAAGAGGCUUGUUUCCUUAAACUUGAAAGGCUGCAGAAGGCUUAGGAAGCUUCCAAGAAAAAUUUUUAUGCGGAGAUCACUAGAAAAACUUGUUCUUUCUGGUUGCUCAAACCUUGAUGAACUGCCCAGCGAACUUGGUAAAAUGGAAUCACUAAAGGUGCUUCAUGCAGAUGGCAUAGUAAGUUCCACAACUACACCAUGUUAUUCAACCUUCUGGUCCUGGCUAUCGCAAAGGCAUGCCAUAGAGUUCUCUUUUCCGCUGACUUCGCCACCUCACUCCUUAGUACACCUAAGUCUUGCCAAUUGCAAUCUAUCAGAUGAUAGUAUCAACUUUAGUAGCCUCCAUUCCUUGAAAUAUUUAAAUUUAAGUGGAAACUUGAUUUAUUGCCUACCAAAAAGCAUUAACGGGCUUAUGAAGCUUGAGUCCCUUCUAUUAGAUCACUGCAAUAUGCUACAAUCAAUCCCUGAACUUCCAACAAGUUUAAAGGUACUGAGUGCAGAAAAAUGCACAUCAUUGAAAAGAAUUGCAAAUCUACCAAACUUGAUGAGAUCAUUAUCUUUAAACCUGACUGGUUGCCAACAACUAGUCGAGGUUCGAGACUUGUUCAAGUUAGAACCAAUAGGCAUUCUUGACGUAGAAAUUGGCAAUAAGUUGGGCUUGUUCAACUGGGAUUUUAUGGAAAAUAUUAAAGUUGAAAUGUUCAGUGUUAUGACAAAGACAUCAAGGACAGCUCCUCCCCAGGUUUUACUUGAAUGUGGCAUAUGUAGCAUAUUUCUUCCAGGGAGUGAGGUUCCAGACUGGUACAACCCUCAACUUGGGGGGUCACCAAUAUCUUUUACUGUGCCCCUAUCCCGUGGUCACAAGAUCCAUGGUUUGAAUGUAUGCACUGUGUACGCAUGUAAUAAUCUAAGAAAUGGAUCUGGUGAUCAUCAUUGCACUAAGGUCUGGAAUAAAACUAAGGAUCUAAAGUGGACCUACAGCCCAACUUUCUAUGGAAUUCCUGAAACAAUUGAGAGCAUGCUAUGGUUAAGCCACUGGAAAUUAGGGGAUCUGCUGGAAGUUGGGGAUGAAUUGAAUGUUUCAGUGGUCAUGCCAACUGGUUAUCAUGUGCAAAAGUUGGGGAUCCAUCUUGUGUACGAACGGGAAAAAGAGGAUACCCAACUGAACUGUGAAGAAACACAGCAAAAUACAUCUUCCUGGUAUCAAAAUUUCAGCAUUGUUGAUGCAGAUAUGUACAGGGUACAGAGGGAUGCUUUUUUUCUCUGCAACCAUGAUUAUUUACUUCACCAAGAAAUAUCAGAAUGUGGUCGGGAUAACUUCCAGCAGCACAGCCAGUUAUUUGAGCAAUAAGCAGAAAUUAGAGGUGGCAACUAGAAGGAGACACGAGCAGAUAAGGAAAAAGAAAAAAACUUCAGGAAGCCUCUGCAUCUUUAGGAAAUAACCUGUGAUGGAGCAGUGAACAAACUGGUGGAGUAGUGGCUUUUUGAGAAUACAACAACAAAAUAUUAUAGGUUGAAAGUUUAUGGAUAAAUUCGUCAUUUUAGAACUUAGAAAGUUGAGCGUAAGUUCUGUGGGUCCAUAACAAUGGUAGGUGGAAAGAAGAAAAUGACCCCAGUAGGAAGAGAAUUUGCUCAAGUUCACUUUUCUAGCAAAUUAGAUUAUUUAUUCAUUAUUUAAACAUUGUGUUCUUGUGGAAUGGCUCAUUAGUUACAUCUGGUAUAAUCCCAGAUGCUUCCCUCUUCUUUUCUUUUCUAUGGGAUUGGCCUUGAUUUUUGAACUAUUAAGUAGCAAAUAGGAACUAUGGAUCACUCCUGCUGAUUUUGAAGUGCAAAACCACUAUAUAGGCAUAAUGGAAAUGCAAGCAGGAACUAUAGAAGUUGCAUCAAGAGCAAAAAUUAGAGAGAGCCAUUAAGUAGGAAUUCUCCAUUAACUUAAUGGAAUUGCUUUUGGAGAAAGCCUAUUCAAGCAGCAAUAUAAGAACACUUUUUUAAUUAGUUGGAUGACAAGUAAUUCUACUAAAUCUAUUCAUGCAUAGCAGAAAAGAGAAAGGAACUUCUUAAAAUCUUCUGAGGGAACAUUUGCCGGACCUGGCAAAUAGCUCAUAUAGAUAACAAUUUCUGAGUGCUGGCAAUGAUACUUCCAAUAGCUGCAUUGGUAUCACUUGUAGACUUGGAGAUGUUGGUGUCAGGAUGUUAGGUCCAUGUUACAAAACUUGGCCUGACCCACCGCCUGCAGGUUAUCAUGGGAGGCUCCAUUGGCUAGCUUCAAUUCUGUUGAAGGAUUAUAUAUAGGCUGGCUCUGGAGACCUGAAACGUAGAGCAGUUUUAGCAGAAGUUUAGGCAGGUUCCUUGAAGAAUCCUGUUGCUAUGCCGAUUCCCUUGUUGGCUUGGAGAAAAUGGAAUUGGCAGUUGCACCCAUUUUCAAAUGACUUGGCCUAGACCACCCACCGCUGGUGGCAAUGGGUGGUUCCAUGGACGCUACUCUGUUUAAUGAAGUAACCAAAAUUAGCUUCGAUAAGCAUCAUUACCACUGGGCUUCUGCCAUUCCUAGUUUCUAUAAUCAUUGAACUCGUUGUUAUCGCCACCGGUAUUUCUAGGAAAGCAUGUGGCUGUAAUUGUCUGGCGGAAAUUUGCUGCAAAGGGCCAAAGCUGGGUCAGCCAGCCUCCUUUUUGUUAAAAGUUUUGGGUGAAAGAAUUGGAUACUCCAUUUUGGUUCAGGUGGCAGGUACCACAUGGACUAUUUAUAGUGUUCGCGGAGUUUCCAGAAAGUGAAAGUUUAGCAGGAAAGAUAGUCCAGCACGAUUUAAUCUCUCCAUUGACACAACUGUUAGAAUCAUAAGGUAAUGCUACAAAUGAGAACCUGGUAAAGCACCAAAGCUUUUAUUACAAAUAAUUUUGUACUUUGUACAGAAUUCAGUUUCAGUAAAUGGAAGCCUGUACAAGUUUAGGUACCUAAAGCUCCCUUGUCUAACCAUAUUUCAAGGAUCAAAGGCUGGAACGUCUUGCCAAUGAUGAUAUAUUGCACGAUAUAAUGUUCUAUCAAUGACACUCCUAUAAGGAUCCUCCUCUCUCUUCUUCAACAAGUAGUCGAUAUUGUGUUCAACUUCAGAUUUUAUCUGCAAGUACAACUCAUUUGCAUAAUCUCUGUCUUUCAGAAGCUCUUCCUUCCCCUUCGUCUCAAUGGGCUUUCCGAAUAGAUAAUAAAAUCGGCCAGGGACCUUAGGCAAAAGUCCUGGAAUAAACUGUUCUUGGUGGGCAACCUCGCCUUCACUCUCAUUCCUGUAAUCAGACCACACACUUUGUCAAUGGAGAUUCAAAUCUAGAUAGUAUCUUAAGCUGAUAUUGUUUUUCAUUUCUAGCCAGCAGAUCAAAUGUCACUUCAUAGAGAGUAAUCACCUGGGUCUUACAGCAUUGCGAUUUAUCUCUCUAACAAAGUCAUUAACAAAAGGGAUUUGCAUUAGGUCGUUGUAGUCAAGAACCAACUGCCACAACCAGACAACAAACAGCUUUUAAGGUUUUACAAUUAGGAUGAGAAUAAUAACUGCAAACUGAAGUUUAGAAAAAGUAAGGGAAGUUUUUAUAAAAUUGUCUAAAAGGCAUAUGAAGGUAAGGAGAUAAAAGUAUCAGAAAUACUUAAAUCCUCCAGAUACUGGGCCCUGUGUAUUUGCAUAUGCACAAAAUAUGAAAUAAGAAAAUAGUAAGUCUAGUUCACCUAAAUUUUCUACUAGAGGAGACACAUAUCCACUUCCAUCCAGUAAUUAUUAUGCUCCCAGCACGUAUGAUUGACACAAAUGUUUUAAGUGUUUAUAAGAUUAAAAACCAAAAAUUGGUCAUAAGUAAGACCAAAGUUUUUGGAUUGUUUGCAUAAAUAAAUAAGAAAAUCAAAACUUCUCUUUCUCUUUGGGUAUAAUCAUUAAAAGAAACUAUGUUCAUUUCUAGCUGGCAGUAAAGAAAUAGAAAAGAAUGAAGCAUGUGCCAUAUCCAAAGCAGACAAAAACAUCUGUACUAUCAGGAACAGGGUCUAGUGUAGAAAUGAUAUAGUGGUAGCAGAGGGAAAGUAAAACUCACUUCUGCUAUAUCAUCUUCUCCUACAGUCCCAAAUGGCACAAUUGUGGCCCCAAACCUUGCAGCCAUUCUCACAAAUUCUUGUUGUUUAGGCCAACAUAAUUUAUACUCUUCACCCUGGAAAUCACAGAAUUGUUACAACUUUGAGGACCUGAAAAAUAUAAAGGCAAUAAAUAGCUUAAUUAAGCAAAGAAGGUGAGGAGGUGGCAGCUAUGGUGAUUGUGGAAUAAUAGCAUACAAGAAAUCUUUGCAAGUAUGGAGCAGUAAACUACUAUUAUGGUGCCUAUGGCUUGCAGAACAACAAUGUGAAAAUAUAAACCAACUUCAACAAUUUCCAUAUGUGAAAUUAGAACAAAAAAUAUAUUUUUCAACCAAAACUUCAUCAAGUGACUGCAAGAAAGUUCGCGUACCUUAUAAUGCAAAGACUCCCGUGCACCUCCAGGAUAAAGAAGCACAUGCGAUUUUGUUGAAAGCAAUCUGAAAAUAUUUCUAGCUGUAACUGGUACAGCACCCAGUACUUUCAUCAAAGCUAGUACAGAAAAUUCAGAAGUUGAAUUUUCCAGUGAAUCUGUAAAGAUUACCGGAUGUGCUAGACCACGCACAACAAUUUUCUCUCUCAGUAAUUCUUCUACGAGAGGGAAAAGAUCAAAUGCCAUCAGCAUGUGGUAACCAACAAGCAAGACAGGACCUUCCUUUGGAACCCCAGCAAGGCCUCUCACUAUCCGUCCAUCAUCUAGAGUUGAGAACAUAACAGCAGCAGUAGCAACACGUGAUAAUCUGAGAAGUAUGUGAUUUUCUUAUUAGCUUGAGCCUAGAAUACAAAUUCAUGUACAGGGAUGCAACUUCAAUAAGCUGGUAAGUGUCAGCAGUCAAAUCCCAAACUCAGAGAACUAAGCUGGUUUUACACCAAGGUGCUCUGGAUUUCAACCUCAACACCUAAUUAACCAAUAAAGUCUAAUCAUUGAUAUUGAUAUGCAUGCUAGCAAUUUUAAGAGUUUUUAGUUUUAAGACAAGCAAAUAAAGACUGAAAGGCAAAUAGAAUAAACAGUUGACAGAUGUGACAUAAACCAUAGAUUUUAACCAUCUAACCUAAGUGUGAACAAUAAGAAAAUAAAAAGUUCAGGCUUGAGGAUCAAAUCACCUUUUGUUUCAUUGCAAGUACAAAUGUGACAUAAUCAUAGAUUUCAGUAAGCUAGAUCAAGCAACCUAGGAUGCCCAUUAAGUUUGAAGAGACGACAUAUAAUCAAUCUGCUGAAUUACCCAUAAACUUCAUAAACGGCAUAUUUGAAUUCUGACAUGCUAGGGGGUACAAAGUCUGAGACAAAAUCGAGCCUCCUUGAACAACGAUAUUUGCAAGCACCUUUAAUAAUAGUGAGCAGACUAAUUCCAACCUCC